GCACCAUCCCAAGCUACACUCUGCUUCCUUCACAUUUUUCAAAAUGAAGUUCUCUGCCGUUAUUGCCUUGCUCCUUCCCCUCUCCGGCGUCCUCGCUUCGCCAGUCGCAGACUCUGGCCCUGUUGGCAUCGGAAGAGACGAACAUGCCACAGGAACUGGGCCCUUGAGCCUCGAUCAGAGCGAAGCUGAUUUAGUGGGUCGUGACCUCUUUGCACGCUCCACCAGGAAAUGCAAGAUCGUCAACGUCUCGAACCGCGCCUUCUGCCGCAGUGGACCUGGCACCAACUAUCCGAUCAAGUACUCGGUGUACAAGGGCCAGGAGUACAAGUUUGAUUGCUACAAGAAGGGAACUUGUCAUGAAGGCAACUGCACUUGGGACCGCCUCCCGCAUGCUGAAGGGUAUUGCUACGUGUCUGGCGCCUACACCGACGGCCGAUGCACUAAAGCCGCUCUCGGAAAGUGUUAGGUUGUUACUCCACUUAACCAUUCGCCGCAGUUAUAGCACAUCGCAGGCUACUUCGUCUGAGGGAGGGCCCACGAUGCCAACAUCUUUGUUUCGACUAGCGUUGAAAGCAGCCACCAGUGGCAGCCAUUAGACAACAAACUUACUUGAAUAGAAAUACAAGUGCUGAUAUCACGCGAUGAAGAAUGCUGUGUUUUCCUGGAUAGCCUAACUACCAUCGGCCGUCAGCUAC